AUGUAUAUUGAGCAACUUCCUGUGGAGAUUGUAAGAGAGAUAUUUAUCCAGUUAUUACUACAACAUACAAAUUCAAGUAAAUGCCAUUUUUUGCCCGAGAAAAAUGGAUUUUAUCCCAAGUAUGUGUCAACACGGUAUUCUCCAUACGGAGAAAAUGGCACUUAUUGCUUAUGCUGGCAAUUGGAUUUACUAAGUAUCUCCAUGGUCUGUAGAACAUGGCAUUCUAUUAGUAUUGAUCUUAUGGGUUCUCAUUCUAUUAUAAAAUAUCAUCCAUCCCCUACAUCAUGGCUUUCGCUUCUAAAUCAUGCUAGCUACCAACGUAAUUAUCCAUUCAGAUCAAAGUUGGUCAAGUUGCUCAAGGAAUCAUCUAUGGCAAAUCUGGAUUUUCAUCGCCAAGUAUGCCAUCUCGUAAUUGAUUUUGCGUCAUUUGAUACCAUACGUCGAGAAAAGACCAAGAAUAAUAUAAUUAUCAAAAAGAAAGUGCAUCAUCCAAAGGCAUUAAAGGAUAUGACCGAAUUAUUUAAACUGUGUAGCCAGAUUAAAAGAUUAGAUAUCAUUUGUGAUGCUGAGUUUACAUCUCUCUUAUCCCAUGACAAUAGUAGUUAUGACCAUCAUGAUUUAUCUAACAAUAGUAUUUUAUCUACCUCAAAGGCUAUACAAAAAAACUUAUUACCACAAUGCAGCAUAAAGAGACUUGAUUUUGUAGGAUUUAAUCCUAUACAACGCUGCCCUUGCUGUGCAGGAAAAAUGUGGGACAAGUAUCUAUUUCCUAUCAUUAGUAGUCUCUUGACUUUAGAUACUAUUGUUUUCCAGAGUGUCUUACCUUCGCCUCAAGUAUUUGAAAUCCUAUCCAAAAAUUCUAAUAUAAAGACCAUGAUCUUUUAUAGGUCCAUCAUCACUGUUCCUCUUCAAAAAGGGAAUAGGACAUCUCCAAGAUUGAAUACCACGAUCCAUCAUAUACCUAGUCGAUUAUGGAAUCAAGUGACCUCAGUAGAGAUCUACGAAGAUAUCGAGGACUCAGUCACCUGGCAAAGUAAGAGAUAUCUAAAAGAAUUUGUUUUACAUGUGGGACCCCAAUUAGAAAAGUUUGUAUUACAAUUUGAAACUAAAGAAGAAAAUGAAAAAAGUCUAUCAAGUUUAUUAAAUGAUGACAUAAUAAUGGAUGUUAUUCAAGAUCCAAACUCACCUUUACAUGAUUUAAAAUUAAAAGCAACUCACUUGAAAUACCUUAAAUUGGUAAAUGUACCUGAAAUUAUUUGA